UGGUAGGGAAGAAGAGGUUCAAGAUAGACUUGAUGAGAGUGAAGAAGAAAGGGUUGCUGAUGAUGAUGAUGGGUUUGGCAUGGAUAAUGUGCCACGAAGAAGUAAGGGCUGUUUGUAAAAAGAAAUGUGGCUUUCUAAUAAUGGUGAGCAAGGUUGGUGGUGAUGUGUUGAUGAAUAAUUUAUCUGAAUCCUUCAAUAGUUCAAUUCUGAUUGCUAGAGAUAAACCUAUCAUAACUAUGAUGGAGUGGAUUAGAUCAUACAUCAUGGGAAGGUUUGCAUCCCUAAGACACAAAUGUAGCUUAUAUACUGCAAAUGUGAUGCCUAAACCUCAAAAAAGACUAGAUAAGGAAAUUGAAAAAAGUGCAAAUUGGAUUCCAGUCUGGGCAGGGGGGCAAAGUUUGAAGUGACUCAGGGGUUCACCAUGGAAAAAUUUAUUGUCGACCUAAUUGAACAUAGUUGUAGUUGUUAUUUCUGGGAUUUGGUUGGGAUUCCAUGUAGGCAUGCAGUGACUGCAAUUCACUACAAGAUAGAAAAUCCUGAGGAUUAUGUUCAUCCCUAUUACAAGAAAAAUGCAUAUCUGGCUUGUUAUGGACCUGAAAUAACCCCCAUAAAUGGACAACAAAUGUGGUCUAAAAGUGAUUUCCAAGAGCUGCUACCACCUAUCUACAAAACACCACCAGGACGACCCAAGAAACUACGUAGGAGGGAAGCAGAUGAACAUGUUAGUCACUCAAAAAUAAGUAAGAAAAAUAUUGCCAUGAAGUGUACAAGAUAUAAUCAGUUUGGCCAUAAUAUCAGGACCUGCAGAAAGAGAAACACAACCAGAACAACCAAACAGAGUAACACACAAAGGAACACACAGAGGAACAUCCCUGCAGCAGUAGCAACUGAAGCUGGAUGUAGCAAUUCUGCACAAGCAAGAAGGCAGAUGCCUCGUAGGAGGGAGAGAUCAUCAUCUUUGGCUGCCACGAGCAGGCAACGAGCAACUACAAUAACAACAAACUCAACUCCACAAGUUAUAGGGUCCCAAGCAAGUAGCACUGCACCCACUGGACAACCCACGUGAUUUGAUUCAUUGUAACUUUGUAGUUGGUUUGUUGGAUUAAGUGAAAACUUUGUUUUUUUUGUGUACAUGAAUGGAUUAUUGUCCCCCACUAAUGGAACACCAUAGC